AUGAAAGCUAAGAAAUGCCACUGGAAUUCAAAGUUAGUUUCAGAUACUGAAGACACUGAAAUUAAUAUAAAUGAAGAUGAGUUGUGUGACGAUGAUGCACUUGAAGAUUUGGUGGGUAAUGAAGAUGAAGAUAUGAGCUUCGUGAACGGUUCGUUUCCACUGGGAAACAUCGUGGCAAUCAUAAAUCUUCCAGAGGCCGGGUACGACCCUCCAGCGGGCCUCGCGUUCACAGUGGUUGGCUGGGGAGCAACGGAAACGGAUUACUCACCCAGAACCCUGAGGAAAGUGGACAUCUCCGUCAGGGACCGAUCCGCGUGCGUGUUCCCGUCCACGGGACGCGAGAUGACGUCACGCAUGCUUUGUGCUGGAGAGUCGGGCAAGAGCGUGUGCUGCGGGGACUCUGGCGGUCCUCUGGUGAGCGGCAGCACGCAGCUGGGCAUCGCGUCGUGGAUGGGUGGCUACUGCCUUCUUGGGGGCACCGUCUACGCCAACGUGGGAAAUUUGUGGUCCUGGAUCAGAGGGAUCACGGGUGUCUGA